CACGUGCCGUGACAGCAGCCGGGGUGAGGCCGCCGUGGUCGCCCGGGCUGGUUGGGGCUGUGACUGGGGGAGGUGCCGGGGUGAUGGCGGUGGAGACUCUUUCCCCGGACUGGGAGUUCGACCGCGUUGACGACGGCUCACAGAAAAUUCAUGCUGAAGUCCAACUUAAGAAUUACGGGAAAUUUCUUGAGGAGUAUACAUCUCAGUUGAGAAGAAUUGAGGAUGCACUGGAUGAUUCAAUUGGUGAUGUUUGGGAUUUCAAUCUUGAUCCAAUAGCAUUAAAGCUUUUGCCUUAUGAACAGUCUUCCCUAUUGGAACUCAUAAAGACUGAAAACAAGGUCUUGAACAAAGUCAUCACUGUUUAUGCUGCACUUUGUUGUGAAAUCAAGAAAUUAAAGUAUGAGGCAGAAACUAAAUUUUAUAAUGGUCUCUUGUUUUAUGGAGAAGGAGCUACAGAUUCCAGCAUGGUGGAAGGUGAUUGCCAAAUUCAAAUGGGAAGAUUUAUUUCAUUCUUACAGGAACUGUCUUGUUUUGUUACAAGGUGCUAUGAAGUGGUGAUGAACGUAGUCCAUCAGCUGGCUGCUCUCUAUAUCAGUAACAAGAUUGCACCCAAAAUUAUAGAGACAACUGGAGUUCAUUUUCAGACUAUGUAUGAGCACUUGGGGGAGCUGCUAACUGUUUUGCUUACUCUGGAUGAAAUUAUUGAUAAUCAUGUCACAUUGAAAGAGCACUGGACUAUGUACAAAAGGUUACUGAAAUCUGUCCAUCACAAUCCUUCAAAAUUUGGAAUUCAGGAAGAAAAACUAAAGCCAUUUGAAAAGUUCUUGCUGAAGCUAGAAGGGCAGUUACUUGAUGGAAUGAUAUUUCAGGCCUGUAUAGAACAGCAGUUUGAUUCUCUGAAUGGAGGAGUAUCUGUUUCAAAAAAUAGCACUUUUGCUGAAGAAUUUGCACAUAGUAUUCGCUCAAUUUUUACAAAUGUGGAAGCCAAACUUGGAGAACCUUCUGAAAUUGACCAGAGAGACAAGUAUGUUGGAAUUUGUGGACUUUUUGUACUGCACUUUCAAAUUUUUCGAACUAUUGAUAAGAAGUUUUAUAAGUCUUUAUUGGACAUUUGUAAGAAAGUACCAGCCAUCACUCUAACUGCUAAUAUUAUUUGGUUUCCUGAUAAUUUUUUGAUCCAGAAAAUACCAGCAGCUGCCAAACUUCUAGACAGAAAAAGUCUUCAAGCCAUUAAAGUACACAGAGAUACUUUCCUACAGCAGAAAGCUCACUCACUUACCAAAGAUGUACAGUCUUACUACGUCUUUGUGAGCUCAUGGAUGAUGAAAAUGGAAUCUAUUUUAUCUAAAGAGCAGAGAAUGGAUAAAUUUGCUGAAGACCUCACCAAUAGAUGUAAUGUUUUUAUACAGGGCUUCUUAUAUGCAUACAGUAUUAGUACCAUUAUUAAAACCACAAUGAAUCUCUACAUGUCAAUGCAAAAGCCAAUGACCAAAACCUCAGUUAAGGCGUUAUGCAGGCUUGUUGAACUUCUCAAGGCAAUAGAGCAUAUGUUCUACAGAAGAAGCAUGGUUGUGGCUGAUUCGGUCUCACAUAUAACACAGCACCUUCAGCAUCAGGCUCUUAAUUCUAUAUCUGUGGCCAAGAAAAGAGUAAUUUCUGACAAAAAAUACAGCGAACAGCGUCUUGAUGUGCUCUCUGCUCUAGUUUUGGCUGAAAACACUCUUAAUGGACCAAGCACAAGGCAACGACGACUUAUUGUUUCUUUGGCACUAAGUGUUGGCACACAGAUGAAAACAUUUAAAGAUGAAGAACUUUUUCCACUGCAAGUAGUCAUGAAAAAGCUGGAUCUUAUCAGUGAGCUUAGAGAAAGAGUCCAAACACAAUGUGACUGUUGUUUUUUAUACUGGCAUCGAGCUGUCUUCCCAAUUUAUUUAGAUGAUGUAUAUGAAAAUGCCGUUGAUGCAGCCAGAUUACAUUACAUGUUCAGUGCUUUACGGGACUGUGUACCUGCUAUGAUGCAUGCAAGGCAUUUAGAGUCCUAUGAAAUACUUCUGGAUUGCUAUGACAAAGAAAUUAUGGAAAUUUUAAACGAGCAUUUAUUGGAUAAAUUAUGCAAGGAGAUAGAGAAGGAUCUACGACUUUCUGUUCACACUCAUUUAAAGCUGGAUGACCGAAAUCCUUUCAAAGUUGGCAUGAAAGACCUGGCCCUUUUUUUCUCUUUGAAUCCAAUUCGAUUUUUUAAUCGUUUUAUUGACAUUCGAGCUUACGUAACUCACUACCUAGACAAGACCUUCUACAAUCUAACAACAGUAGCUCUUCAUGACUGGGCCACUUACAGUGAAAUGAGAAAUUUAGCUACCCAGCGUUAUGGAUUGGUUAUGACAGAGGCUCAUCUUCCUAGUCAGACUUUGGAACAGGGCCUGGAUGUUUUGGAAAUUAUGAGAAAUAUUCAUAUAUUUGUGUCUCGGUACCUCUACAAUCUCAACAAUCAGAUUUUUAUUGAACGAACAAGCAAUAACAAACAUUUGAACACUAUUAAUAUUCGGCAUAUUGCUAAUUCAAUUCGAACACAUGGCACAGGAAUCAUGAAUACAACAGUUAAUUUCACCUACCAAUUUUUGAAAAAGAAGUUCUAUAUAUUCAGCCAAUUUAUGUAUGAUGAACAUAUCAAAUCUCGGUUGAUUAAAGAUAUUCGGUUUUUCAGGGAAAUCAAGGACCAAAAUGAUCACAAGUAUCCUUUUGAAAGAGCAGAAAAAUUCAAUCGAGGCAUCAGAAAACUUGGAAUUACCCCAGAGGGACAAAGCUACCUUGAUCAGUUCAGGCAACUCAUCAGCCAGAUUGGUAAUGCUAUGGGCUAUAUACGGAUGAUAAGAUCUGGCGGCCUUCACUGUAGCAGCAAUGCCAUUAGAUUUGUGCCUGAUCUCGAAGAUAUUGUAAAUUUUGAAGAAUUAGUGAAAGAAGAAGGUCUUGCAGAAGAAACAUUAAAAGCAGCAAGGCAUUUGGAUUCAGUCCUCAGUGAUCACACACGAAAUUCUGCUGAAGGCACGGAGUAUUUCAAAAUGCUUGUAGAUGUUUUUGCUCCAGAAUUUCGAAGGCCAAAGAAUAUACAUCUUCGAAAUUUCUACAUCAUUGUUCCCCCUCUGACCCUCAACUUUGUAGAGCAUUCCAUUAGCUGCAAGGAGAAAUUGAAUAAAAAAAAUAAAAUUGGAGCUGCUUUUACUGAUGAUGGCUUUGCCAUGGGUGUGGCUUACAUAUUGAAGCUUUUGGAUCAGUACCAGGAAUUUGACUCACUUCACUGGUUCCAGUCUGUUAGAGAGAAGUACCUGAAGGAGAUAAGAGCAGUUGCUAAGCAACAGAAUGUGCAGUCAGCUAGUCAAGAUGAAAAACUACUACAGACCAUGAAUCUCACUCAGAAGCGCCUGGAUGUCUGUCUACAGGAAUUUGAAUUGCUCUAUUUUUCACUGAGCAGUGCAAGAAUUUUCUUCAGAGCAGACAAGACUGCAGCUGAAGAAAACCAAGAAAAGAAAGAGAAAGAAGAGACAAAAACAAGCAAUGGAGACCUGUCCGAGAGCACUGUGUCUGCAGAUCCUGUUGUCAAAUGAUAUUGAUGGUAUGUGUUGCCCGUCUGAGAUCAUCAGGAUCGUGUCAGUACUAUUACGGGUGAAAUGAUGUUAAUGAGUUAAUGAAGAAGUGUUUCUUGGGCCACAUCUCUGGUAAUCGGUGGAUGUUGCAACUCUUUAAAGCAGUUCUCCAAAGUUAAGUCUAUUCUUCUUCCAAAGGCUCUCUUUACAUUUCACAAGUGGAGAAUGAGGUUUUAAAUGCGAUUUUUGCCUGGACUUUAGGCUGGCAGAUGUGCCUGUGGAGAGUUAUCUGAAGUGAAGCCAUGGAAGGGCCACUCUGCAUUCCUGAACGGCUGCCUCAGAUCUCUUGUAAUCUGUGUGAGGGUUUUUCAUUUGUAUUUGCAUAGGUCUUGGAUCAAUUUUUGUCUUAGUAAUUGGAAAUUCAAUGCAUACACUAUGUACAGCCAGCAAAUACAUGUUUAAACAAAAUGAAUGAAGUCUGAAAUUUAUGAAGCAUACAUACCAAUAUUCUUACAGCUGGAAUAUUUGAAGAUGGUUUUGAUAAUAGAGGUGAGGCACAAGUAUGUUAUGUACCUUCAGAGUACAGUGUAAAGUUGAUUCAUUGUUAAUUUCAUGUGACUUACAAGAGCUGUUAUUGUUUUGAUAAGACAUUUUAUAACUAGUUUACAUUGCUUUGAGAACAGGUAACCUCCAACAACUGCUUUAAAUGGAAGAUUUACUUAAUACUCAAAAUGAAAGAAAAUUCAGAGAAAGCCAUAGAGUCCUGCUUGAAGCUUCAAUUUUGGUUGAAGGCGCUACAUAUGAUAUCAGAGAGAAUUAUAUGGAUUUUUAUUUCUACAUCCAAACUCAGGUUUCUUCUACAUUAGGUUGAAUUGAAAUCUUGGUGAUGGUUUGGGCAGACUUUUUCUUUAAACCAAGCAUAAUCUAAGACACCAGAUUAAGCACUGUGCAGGCUUUUAAAAAAUUACCACUGUGAUAAUAAAGUUCUAAUAAAUUAAAU